AGCGGGUGAGGGUCACGUGAGGCGGCGGCGGCGCAAGAUGGCGGCGGCCAGGUCCUGAGGGAAGCCAGGGAGGCGGGGAGCGGGGCCUGCUUCGUUCGUCAGCCAUGAACAACCCGGAGAAGGACUUCUCCCCGCUGACGCCCAGCAUCGUGCGCGCCCUCAACGACAAGCUCUACGAGAAGAGGAAGGUCGCCGCCCUCGAGAUCGAAAAGCUGGUGCGUGAGUUUGUGGCCCAGAACAGCACGGCCCAGAUCAAGCACGUGAUCCUGAUCCUCUCCCAGGAGUUUGCCCUCUCGCAGCACCCGCACAGCCGCAAGGGGGGCCUCAUCGGCCUGGCUGCAUGCUCCAUCGCCCUCGGAAAGGACUCUGGGCUGUACCUGAAGGAGCUGAUUGAGCCGGUGCUGACUUGCUUCAAUGACGCCGACAGCCGCCUGCGCUACUACGCCUGCGAGGCGCUCUACAACAUCGUGAAGGUGGCCCGGGGCUCCGUCCUCCCCCACUUCAACGUGCUCUUCGAUGGCUUGAGCAAGCUUGCUGCAGAUCCAGACCCAAAUGUCAAAAGCGGUUCUGAGCUUUUGGACCGGCUCCUGAAGGACAUUGUGACCGAGAGCAACAAGUUUGACCUGGUCAGCUUCAUCCCUCUGCUGCGCGAGAGGAUCUACUCCAACAACCAGUAUGCCCGGCAAUUCAUCAUCUCCUGGAUCUUGGUCCUGGAGUCUGUUCCGGAUAUUAACCUCCUGGAUUACCUGCCGGAGAUCCUCGAUGGCCUCUUCCAGAUCCUGGGGGACAACAGCAAGGAGAUCCGCAAAAUGUGUGAAGUGGCCCUUGGCGAGUUCCUGAAAGAGAUCAAGAAGAACCCUUCCAGCGUCAAGUUUGCGGAUAUGGCCAACAUCCUGGUCAUUCACUGCCAGGCUUCGGAUGACCUGAUCCAGCUGACGGCCAUGUGCUGGAUGCGCGAGUUCAUCCAGCUGGCCGGGCGGGUGAUGCUGCCGUAUUCUUCGGGGAUCCUGACGGCGGUCCUGCCGUGCCUCUCCUACGACGACCGGAAGAAGAGCAUCAAAGAGGUGGCCAACGUCUGCAACCAGAGCCUGAUGAAGCUGGUCAUUCCGGAGGACGACGAGGUGGCGGACGAGGGCAAGCCGGGCCCGGCGUCUCUCCCGACGGAGGCCGACCAAGAGGAAGCGCUCCCCAAACAGGAGGGGGGCUCCGGGGGUUGCCUGGACGCUUCUGGGGAUUCGAACUUCAGCAGCACCAGUGUUUUCAUGCCAGCCAGCACUGAGCGGGUCCAGGUGACCCUCAACCUGGACGGCAUUGUCCAGGUGCUGGACUGCCACCUCCACGACGUCGGCGCCGGGAUGAUGACGCGCAUCGCGGUCCUGAAGUGGCUUUACCACUUGUACAUCAAGACCCCGCGCAAGAUGUUCCGGCACACGGACAGCCUCUUCCCCAUCUUGCUGAAGACCUUGUCCGAUGAGUCCGACGAGGUGAUCCUGAAGGACCUGGAAGUCUUGGCGGAGAUUGCCUCCUCUCCGGCCGGGCAGAGCGAAGACCCGGGGUCUGGCGAUGCCCCCAACCCACGCUCAGGGCAGCUGGAGGUGCCCCUCCCGGCUCCGGCCAAAGCGGCCUCCUCGGGACCCUCUGGCGCCAAGGGUUCCAUGGAGGUCUCGCCCACCACACCCACCAUGAACUCCUACUUUUACAAGUUCAUGAUCAACUUGCUGAAGAGGUUCAGCAGCGAGCGGAAGCUGCUGGAGACGCGGGGAGCCUUCAUCAUCAGGUGAGCUUUGGGGACAAGG